CCCCUGGAAGUGACCUCACUCGCUGUGCAAGCUGUAGAGUCGCGGCGGCUCCCGGAGGUCAGGACAGAAAGAAAGGACAGUGAAAGGAAGCGGCGGAGGGACAUGGUGUUCCUGACAUUAUCGCGGUGGAUACGGAGCAGGGGGCCCGAUCGCUACUGGAAGGUGCAAGAACUUCUGAAACAUGCCCGGGUAAGACAGACCGGUGAUACUGGCGAGACUGGGGAGACUGGGAGACCGGGCAGAGCCCUCAGCGCAGCAGCGAGAUUCAGUGCGACCCUCCAGACAGCAGCCUGGCUGAUAACCGCGGUGCAAUCGUGCUGUGGAUCACUGUCGCCUUGCUCUGCUCUCACGCAACACGGCCUCAAGUAUCCUGUCCUCAUCCACUACCUGCUAAAAUCUCAGGUCUCUCUCAAUCGGAAGGUGCUUGCAGAGCUGGCUGUCUCAGAGCCACACACGUUCUGCUCUCUUGCCCAGCUGGCGGCCGCGCGAAGGGGGGAGGGGCUGGCGGCCGCGCUGGGGGAGGGGAAGGAGCCCGAGGGCGUUUUCUCCCGCGUCGUCCAAUCACAGUGAACCAACCUCUCCCCCAGCUUCCUCUCGUCUCACUACUCCAAUUCCACAUAACAUUUAUUCACUGUGAGCCUUUCAGCUCCAUCAGCCACUGGGGUCCGGGGAAGAAUGGACUGCGCUGGGCCUCUCACAGAGAGCAAGGGGCUGGGCUGGGCCUCUCACAGAGAGCAAGGGGCUGGGCUGGGCCUCUCACAGAGAGCAAGGGACUGGGCUGGGCUGGGCCUCUCACAGAGAGCAAGGGGCUGGGCUGGGCUGGGCCUCUCACAGAGAGCAAGGGGCAGAGCGGGGCUGGGCUGGGCCUCUCACAGAGAGCAAGGGACUGGGCUGGGCUGGGCCUCUCACAGAGAGCAAGGGGCUGGGCUGGGCCUCUCACAGAGAGCAAGGGGCAGAGCGGGGCUGGGGAGAUGCUGGGCAGGACAGGGCAAUAUAAUUAAUAUUAUUAGUUUUGGGGGGGGCGUAUAUUAAUAUUAUUAGUUGUUCUAUUGA